AUGCAAGACAUAAUCGAAGAUGUUUCUAAAUUCAAGAAGUACCCAUCCCAGGAGACAGUGUACAACAACCCAUACGAAAUAGCCAGAGGAAACAAACAGCCUAGAAGACAUUUCAAAGAAAUUGGUUUGGGAUAUGAAACACCAAAGAGUGCAAUGGUUGGCACUUAUAUAGAUAAAAAGUGUCCAUUCACAUCUGACGUAACAAUCAGAGGAAUAAUCUUCAAAGGAGAGGUGGUCAGUUUGAAACAGAUGAGAACUGCUGUUGUAGUAAAGAGAUACCUCCACUACCACCCAAAGUACAUGAGAUACGAGAGAAGAAACACAAGAUUCAAUGUACACCUGUCUCCCUGCUGGGACGGAUUAGUAGAGGUAGGAGAUAAAGUCGUUUGCGGUGAGACCAGGCCCCUAUCAAAGACAAAGCACUUUGCCGUUAUUUCAUACGAGAAAGCAGAGAAGAAGGGCGGACACAAACAGUUCACUCCAGAAGAAUAA